AACACCAGCAGAAUUAUCUCACCUCAUAAGCUUCACGCAAGUGAUCAUCAAAACAUUCACUGACUCAACAUCAACUCAUCAGCAUUACAUUGCAACAACCCACCAUCGUUCCAAGAUGUCCACCUCAACCUCCGGCGGAAGUUCCUUUGUCGUCCAACCCCCACCGUUCAUCCUGACCAAGCAGAACAUCAACAUCCUCGCCGUCGUCAAAUAUGGCCCAUUGCCUUCCACGUUAACCCCCACCAACCUUCACGCCUUCCUCUGUCUCGGAGAUCAGUCCAAUGAACCUUUGGCGGACAUGAGCGUAUACCCAACACAAACGGGCCAGGGAAUUGCCGUCACCGGGGUGGCCCUUCCUGGGGAGGGGGCAUUCGCCUUCUUCCUCUUCCACAACGCCACGUUUCCCAAGGCUGGCACCUACAAGAUUGGCGUUUCGAUCCAAGAGGACAAGAUCAAUGCGACCAAUAUGGCGCAGGUUUGGUCCGGGGAGUUUACGGUGGGCGAUGUGGCGGGGAAUAUGACACGUACUCCCGAUGAACAAAGCAUAAUCGACAAGCUCCAAGCAGCGGGGGUUUUCGGUGCGAACUAAAGCCCAUAGGCUCAUCGGAACAGUCUUUGCGUUUCUUACCACUGGAAGACUGGACGGGGACCGGACGAAACGUCAUUUUUGACAGGACUGUCUAGAGGUAUCCUACUGGGUCAAGAUUCGUGGAGUUUUUCAAGGCGUCAUAGGGUGUUUUGGACCUACUACGGAUAACUGUCGGGAAGCAAAGUUGGAACUUUCAUGGGCUGGCUUACACUGGAUUGGGAUCGGGAGGAUUUUUGGUUUGGGAUAAGGCCGGCUGGUACGGCCACAUAGGUGACGAUGAUGCGGACGUAGAACUGACUUUUCUGUCGUCCUCAACUUUGACAGGGGCACCUUCCCUUAUGGUUAUGGCUCAUAAGGCGGAAGAUAGAACAGUAUUAAUUGAGGCUGUGCCUUUGUUACUCCA